AAGCUGUCAUCUUCUUCUCUUGUGUAGGAAGCGGGCAGCAUGGCUCUGCAAUGCACCAAGACAGCGGGACACUGGAAGAUCGUGGUGUGGGACGAGGAGGGCUUCCAGGGCCGGCGCCACGAGUUCACAGCUGAGUGCCCCAGCGUGCUGGAGCUUGGCUUUGAGACUGUGCGAUCCUUGAAAGUGCUGAGUGGAGCGUGGGUGGGCUUUGAGCACGCUGGCUUCCGGGGACAGCAGUACGUGCUGGAGCGGGGCGAGUACCCGUCCUGGGAUGCCUGGAGUGGCAACACGGCCUACCCCACCGAGAGGCUCACCUCCUUCCGGCCCGUGCCCUGUGCUAACCACCGUGACUCGAGGCUGACCAUCUAUGAGCAAGAGAACUUCCUGGGCAGGAAGGGAGAGCUGAAUGACGACUAUCCCUCCCUCCAGGCAAUGGGCUGGGAAGGCAAUGAAGUGGGCUCCUUCCACGUGCACUCGGGGGCAUGGGUUUGUUCCCAGUUUCCUGGCUACCGUGGUUUUCAGUAUGUGCUGGAGUGUGAUCACCACUCGGGCGACUACAAGCACUUCCGGGAGUGGGGCUCUCAUGCCCAGACCUUCCAGGUGCAGAGCAUCCGCAGGAUCCAGCAGUGAGCGGGGGGCCAGCUGAGGAGCAAACGUGUGCUUGUCUGGAACAGAGGAGCUGUGGGGACUGUCGCGUGCUCUCUCCUCUGCUUCCCCCUGUGAGCCAUGUGACCCCAGCACCUGUGUGAGCAAGUCCAUGCACAGUCGGCACGAAAACUAAAAGUAAUAAAAAAGGUCUAGUGUUA